CUGAAACAUAUAUAGCGGUUGAAAGUGUUUCAACCUUUCCCAGUCUCCUCUGCUCUGCUCUCUUCAACCCACACACAGCAUCGUCAAGAAGAUGGAUAUUCUUUCUGUCCUUCAGACAAACUUUCUCUCACUGGUUUUGUGCAUUAUUGUUUUUAUAUUGCUGUGGAUGAAUCGAGGUAAAAAGAGCAGCUUUGAAAGAUUACCGCCGGGUCCCCGUCCUGCUCCACUUGUUGGCAAUUUAUUCCAAAUAGGCCUAGCGGAGCCAUACAAGUAUUAUCUGGAGCUCUGCAACAAGUAUGGGUCAGUGUGUACCAUCUGGCUGGCCAACAAACCAGUGAUCAUACUGUCCGGAUAUAAGACCAUCAAAGACGCCCUUGCCACUCAGGGAGAGGAGUUCAAUGGGAGGGCUCAGUACCCCUUCUUGAUGAGGUCAACCAAUGGAUUUGGUGUGUUAGCCAGCAGUGGUCAGCGCUGGAAGGACCUCCGUCGGUUCUCCAUCAUGACGCUGAAGAACUUUGGGAUGGGGCGGAGGAGUGUGGAGGAGAGGGUCCAGGAGGAGGCCAGGAGCCUGGUGAAGGCGUUUCAUGAGUUUGAUGGAGCAGUUUUCAACUACGAAGAGCUGAUGUGCAAUGCGGUGUCAAACGUCAUCUGCUCCAUAGUGUUUGGGCACCGGUUUGAGUACAAAGACCCAGAGUUCUUGCUGCUCUACGAUACAAUCAACGCCUACUUCGACGUGCUCAACAGUCCUAUUGGCAUAGUAUGGAAUGAAUGUCUUUUGAGUAGCGUAGAUAAGUAGUACUUUUCCCUUCCUCUUGACCACAGAAAAAUAACUCAAACAUAUUAAGUGUGGUCCCCUUCCUCAGUGCUGCAGGAAAUACCAAAGGACAUUGAUAUAGACAGAAAAACACCAGACAGACAUACAGAAAAGCAUACAGACAGUUAUACUGAAGAGCCUUUCGAGUUUGUGAUAUUAAGUGAUUAGGUUGUCAAGAGUAUAUUCUUUUAUUUAAAUGCAGUGUUUCACCUAGAGUCCACUUUUGAAGUUACUUCAGAGUGG